UGCUUCUCAACCACUGUUAUUAUUGUUCAACUAGCCACGAGAUGAUUUGGGCGGCAACUUAGCACAAUAAUGUAAUAAUGUAAUGUCUAGUCCGAAGACUUGUCUGCAUGACUCGCAAUAUGGCAUGGCCAUUGCAAUGCGUCAACGCAGUUUCGUAAUGUUAUGCAUUCUGGAUGCAGUGAUAGUUUUAACUGUACUACAUCAACGUUGGUGGUUGGCAUACACCACUCAACCAGCAACGACCAGUGCCGCGACGACCAUCCCCACGAGGGCGCCAGCAGCCACUGGCAAGGGUCUCAACAGUAGAAAUGUCAAGCGACUGAGUGUCGCUGCAACGCCACCGGCAGCAUGGAUCGUGCCGACUCCAGCCACAACAGUUCCAAACGUAGCCAUGGCAAGGGGCACAAGCAUGGCGCAUGCACAGCUCAACAUUGGCAUCAUCAAGGCCCCGAUGAUGGCAGCUAGAGCAAAGUACUGAAGCCAGUGGACAACUGCACC